AUGCUUCACUCCUCUGCUCCUCUUCAGUGGAGCUUCUCCCAGAUAUUAGGCCAUCGUUCUCCUUCCGAUCACCAUGAACAGGAUGAUAUCAUCACAGCAAUUGAGUUCGACAAGCGUGGAGAUUAUGUUGCCAUUGGAGAUCAAGGUGGACGUGUUGUAAUAUUUGAAAGAGAUGAUCAGAAGAAUGUGGAUCACCAAUAUUCUCGAAAACUUUUGGAGCAGGUGGAUUGCACCCCUUCACGAAAUCCCAAAUUUCAGUUUAAGUUACAAUUCCAGAGUCACCAGCCUGAAAUUGAUUACUUGGCGAAUGAGAAAAUCACGCCGAGGAUUAAGAAAGUGAAGUGGUGCAUCACACAGAAUGGAUUACUGUUUAUGCUCUCAGCAAAUGAUAAAAUCAUUAAAUUGUGGAAGAUUAAGGAAUGUAAAACAGGAAAAACUGAAGAAUUGGUUCCUUCUCGAUUUUUAAGCUCAGAAAAUUUGUCAGAAAGGAGUUUCUUGAGUGGACAAGAUACCCUGUCUUCUGCCGACGGCUGUCGUUUGGAAUGGAUGGAGAACAUGUCUUGCAAGGAUUCGCUAUCGCAAAACAUUAAUGCCAAGAUCGUAGGUGUAGACAACAAUCUUCAUGCAAAAUGCCGAAAGGUGUAUGCUCCGGCUCACAGCUUUAAUAUUAACUCCAUCUCAAAUAACAGUGAUGGUGAGAUAUUCAUCUCGGCAGAUGACUUUAAAAUCAAUUUAUGGAAUCUUGAGGUCAGUGAUCAGUGUUUCAAUAUCAUCAACAUGAAGCCGUCGAACAUGGAGCAUUUUGCUGAGAUUAUAACAUCAGCUGAAUUCCAUCCAUCACAUUGCAACCUGCUAGCAUAUGGCAGCUCAAGCGGUUUUAUUCGUCUAUCGGACUUGCGACAAUCAGCAAGAUGUGACCAUAGUGUCAGAAUGUUUGUGGAUGGAUCACUCUUUUGCAGGAAAUCAGUUUUUGAGGAAAUGACUACAUGCAUCUCUGAUGUAAAAUUUCUUGAUGAUGGCCUUGGUGGGCAGCAGCUUAUAAGUCGUGAUUACAUGAAUAUGAAGCUUUGGGACAUGCGCAUGGAUUAUCAUCCAGUUGCGUUAUUCAGAAUUCAUGAGCACCUGCGCCCUAGACUACCCGAGUUAUUCAGCAAUAAACUCAUAUUCGAUCGAUUUGAUUGCUGCUUUAGUGGAGAUCGACUUCAUUUUGCAACUGGUUCUUAUGGUAAUCUCUUGAGAAUAUUCUCCCCCGCCAAUGGAACUGUGAAAGACAUCAAACUGGAUACAAUUGGAAUUAUUGACAGGAAGCCUUUUCAGGCUGAUGGGAUGAUCAGAAGGUCGUCCAUAAGCAACCUGACAUGUGAAUUUGGUCAAAAUGGUGGUGGCAGAGAUGGCCACUUAGAUUGUAACUUAAGCUCCAAGCUGUUACAUGUAGCUGGGCAUCCAACGUCCAAUUUAGUGGCUUGUGCCGCCCAACGUUGCUUGAUAUUGUAUCAUGCAUAA